AUGGCCUACUUGUUGAAUCAUAACUUCCAAAUGCAAUCGAGAGGAUCCAAUGGGAUGCCAACGUCGCCAUAUCUGAUGGCUGUACAGAACAAACAGAAUUCACAUCAGAGCCAACAACAGCAACGUUUGUCCCCAACAAAGUUUGUCAUUAACCAUUUUGAUGACAGCUAUCCAAUCGAUGCCAUGCCACCCAUGCGCACCACCUCUACCAGUCGUUUCAAGGCUGACGAGGAGGAGAGAUAUAGUGGUAGUUUCCUGAACACAAUCAAUAGUAACAAUAAUAGUGAAGAUGAUCUUAUUUUCUCUAUGGAGGAUAUCUAA